AUGAUGGCAGCUAAAAAGGUUGCUGGUGUUUUAGGAGCAACAGGCGCUGUUGGCCAAAGAUUCAUUUUACUUUUGGCUGACCAUCCCGACUUCGAACUGAAGGUAUUAGGUGCCUCAGCAAGAUCAGCUGGUAAAAAGUAUGAAGACGCGGUUAAUUGGAAGCAAACCGAUUUGCUACCAGAGUUUGCUAAAAGUCUUAUGGUAUCUGAAUGCAAACCAGAUGAUUUCAAGAACUGUGAUGUGGUAUUUUCUGGUCUAGAUGCUGAAUAUGCAGGUCCUAUUGAAAAGGCUUUCUGUGACGCAGGUUUAGUGGUUGUUUCAAAUGCGAAAAAUUAUAGACGAGAAUCUGACGUGCCACUUAUUGUCCCAAUCGUCAACUCAGACCAUUUAGAUAUUGUUUCUAAUAAACUUGCUGAAGCUCACGCAUAUGGUAAGCCUAGACCUGGUUUUAUUGUCUGUAUUUCAAACUGCUCCACCGCUGGCCUUGUGGCUCCACUCAAACCAUUAGUUGAUCGUUUCGGUCCUCUUGAAGCAGUAACCACAACUACUCUACAAGCCAUUUCCGGUGCCGGUUUCUCUCCAGGUGUAUCAGGUAUUGAUAUGCUAGAUAACAUCGUUCCUUAUAUUGGUGGAGAAGAAGAUAAGAUUGAAUGGGAAACAAAAAAAAUUUUAGCACCUUUAAAUGAAACUAGAACUACUGUAAACUUACUUUCUGGUGAUGAACUCAAGGUAUCUGCGCAGUGUAACAGAGUUGCUGUUUCUGAUGGUCACACAGAAUGUAUAUCUUUGAAAUUCAAGCAAAGGCCCGCUCCAUCUUUACAAGAUGUUAAGCAAUGUCUAAAAGAUUAUGUUUGUGAAGCUACAAAACUUGGAUGUCAUUCGGCACCUAAACGAGCUAUUCAUGUACUAGAACAAAAUGAUAGACCACAGCCAAGAUUAGACAGGAACAGAGACAAUGGCUACGGUGUAUCCGUUGGUAGGAUUAGAGAAGACCCAGUUCUAGAUUUUAAGAUGGUGGUUCUAUCUCACAAUACUAUAAUUGGUGCAGCAGGUGCCGGUAUCUUGAUUGCUGAAUUGCUUUUAGCUAAGAACAUGCUUUAA